AUGGCCGCGGCCGCUGCCUGCGGCUCCCCGCCUCCCCGCCCGCCCCGCGACCAGCCGCCGCCGCGGAAGCGGGGUGACUCCCGGCGGCGGCAGGCCGCCCUCUUCUUCCUCAACAACAUCUCCUUGGACGGCCGACCGCCCUGCCCGUCCGCCGAGAAACCGCCGUUGCCGACGCCCGCCGGCCCGGGCGAAGGAGAGGAGGCGGUGGCGGAGCCGGCCGGAGCCCCCCCGCGCCUGCUGUCCCCGCCGCCCGCCUGCCCGCCGCCGCCCGCCCUGCUGCUGCCCGGCGUCCCCCCUGUCGCCGCUGCCGGAGUCAAGGGGGAGGCGGACGCGUCCCGCGGCGGCAUCUUCAUGCCGCAGCUGCUGCUGGGCCCCCCGCUCUGCCCGCCGCCCCCGGCGCCGCCCGCUCAGCCGGGGAUGCUGGCGGUCGCUAAGCCGGGCGCCCCGGGGCUGCUGAGCCCCACACAGAGCGCGGCGGGCAGCGGCUUCGCGCUGGAGGCGCCGCGGCAGAGAGCCAAGCAUAUAUCUGGGUCUCCACGACACAAAAGUUUGAAGAAGAUGCACUUCAUCAAGAACAUGAGGCAGUAUGACACCAAGAACAGCAGGAUAGUGUUAAUCUGUGCUAAACGAACUCUGUGUGUGGCUUUUUCUAUCCUACCUUACGGGGAGAGUUUACGGAUCAGUGAUCUAAAGAUGGAAGGACAGAAGCAGCGACAUCCUUCUGGGGGAGUUUCAGUCUCCACUGAGAUGGUGCUUGGACUGGAAGGAGUAGAGCUGGGUGCUGAUGGCAAGGUUGUGUCCUAUGCAAAUUUCCUGUACCCAACCAAUGCCCUGGUUGUUCGCAAAGCCGACAGCUACGUUGCCGUUCCCUCCUGCCGAGCUACUGCUUCCCGGAGUCUUCCUGGAUCCAGAUACAAACCUGUGACAGCAAAAACAAUACCAGCAGGAACAGAGAUGGGAACUGAAGCUGGAGAAGCUACAGAGUAUGACCCGAAUAUUCUGGAUGAUCCUCAGUGGCCAUGUGGAAAACACAAACGUGUUCUCAUCUUUGCCUCUUACAUGACUACAGUCAUAGAGUAUGUGAAACCCUCGGACCUUAAAAAGGAUAUGAAUGAAACCUUUAGAGAGAAGUUUCCUCAUAUCAAGUUGACACUGAGCAAAAUUAGGAGCUUGAAGAGAGAGAUGCGGAACCUGAGUGAGGAGUGCAGCCUGGAGCCCGUUACUGUCUCCAUGGCUUAUGUUUACUUUGAGAAGCUCGUCCUCCAAGGCAAACUCAACAAACAGAACCGCAAACUGUGCGCUGGUGCUUGUGUUCUGCUUGCAGCCAAGAUCAGCAGUGAUCUCAGGAAACAUGAAGUGAAACACCUUAUCGAUAAACUAGAAGAGAGGUUCAGAUUCAACAGAAGAGAUCUGAUUGGUUUUGAAUUCACCGUCCUUGUAGCUUUGGAACUGGCUCUUUAUCUUCCUGAAAACCAAGUGUUACCUCAUUACAGACGGCUCACACAACAGUCCUAACCCCAGCUGGGCUCCAGCUGGCAGCCAGUGGGGCUGGGGAUCCCAGCCCUGGAAUCUGCUGGGGAAGUUGCCACUGGCAACUGGAUCCUGCCAUGGCCACAGCUAGUCCUGGAGUCUGCAGCGUGUUCCUGAACUCUGGAGGUGUGCACUAUGGAUGCCCAGUCUGGGGAUGGUACGAGGAGAGUUACUGAACUGUCUUUUCCUUUGGACAUUUAAAGCACAAACACUCACCAGUCAGCUGUCCUGGCUGCUUAUUAGUCCUUAUUUAUCCUUUCAGUUUUACUAAAACUGUUCUUCCCUAUGAAGAAUACUAUGGUAUUGUUUGUUUAUUAUUAUUUUUUUUAAGCCUUUAUUGUACUCCUUGAAACUAAAGGAAGCAUCACUUCCAUUCCAGUGCACCAUAAAGUUGAAAUGUUUCUAAGAAUCUUCUUGCAUUUUUACAUUAAUGAAAUGCAUACUUUAUUUUUUUAAAGAUGUGCCUAAAACUGGCUGGUCUGGUACCAGUGCUUUUUAAGUUAGUUAUGUUAUUUAGUGAGAAAUCCUGAAUUUGGAUAGCCAUUUAUCCUUUACCUGCAUUGGCCUUGCAUAUAAGGAAAACAAUUCCAGUCUAUCUGCACUAAUGGUACACAGGGCAUCUGUCUAUACUAUAGAUCUGUAAGUAGCAAGAUUGAGAUUUUGCUGUUCCAGUUUAGUUAAACACAAAUACCUUAAGAAUAUACUUUUUAUUUAAAAAAGAAAAAACUGAAAAUCUGUCAUUAAAUACCACGUGUUGGACAAGGUA